ACAGCCAUGGUCGAAGAUAGAUCCUUUAACAACAGUCAUCACUCCAUUUUUUCUUUAAAGAAUUGGAUAAACCUUUCAAACGCUACAUCCGAGCAACGUCGUUCAGUCAUCCAGUUUUAUAUUAUAUCCACACAGUAACACACGUAAACAGCCAUUACUCGUAGUUUCGGGAAAAAAUACGUUGGGUACAACUUUUGUGGCAAACCCGUAUCAAAAAAGAUGGCUGACUGAGGAGUGAGAACUCAUUUCAUUUUAAAAUCUUGUUGUUAGCUAAAUCGCAUGACCUGCCUAUGUGUUCCAAUGACAGAUUCCGGUUUGAGAUGUGAAAGACAGCGUAACUUAGAAGCUAUUAACCUGCUGUUUAACUAAACGAGGCAAAAGAUUUAUGUCAGUCUGAACUAGAUCACAUCAGUCCUUAAAGAUGCCCGCUGGUGUGUCGUGGUCUCGAUACCUUAGGAUGGUUGGAGCCAGUAUUCUGGCCAUGUUUGCAGGAGCACAGGUCGUUCAUCAGUACUACCUGCCUGAUCUGAGUAUACCAGAGAUCCCUCCAAAGCCCGGUGAACUUCGAACAGAACUGCGAGGUUACAAAGCAAGAGAAGAAGCGGCCGCUGCCAUAGAGCAGUUAAAAAAAGGACAAAGUGUGGACUGAUGUGGAAUUUUAUUUUCUCUGCAUUAACUCUCAGGGAAGUAAUUAAGCUAUAUGGUUCAAUGUACCUGGAAACAGAUAGAUAUGUUCUCUUUUCCUCAAAUGGAAAAAGCAAGGACCAUGUCAGGGUAGAUUCUUCAUCAACCAGAAUAAGGUCAACUGGUACUCUAGUACCAUCCUUAUUCUGUUGGUCUUAUUAUGACAAUUGUUUAUCCAUCUCCACCCUCCCUGAAUGUGUCUGUAUAUUUUGGAGGAGUAAAAUCCAGAAUAAAAGGGUGACAUUGAACAAAUGGAAUCCUAUGAAGAUAGUAAGUUUCUUUUCUCACAAUGAUGGUGAAAUGCAUUUAAAUACUCAAUGUUGUUGGAAAUAAUGAAUAGAUGACGAAUAAUAAAAUGUUAAACACUGAGCAGUUGGUCUCAAAAAUGAUUUAUGUAGAUUUUGGUGUGAAAUGUCCACACAUUUGAACAAUGAUGUCAAAAUGAUUUGUGUUGUAUCAUUGAAAUGCUUUUUGUUUUGGACAAAAAAAUCCAAAGCAAAUGUCAAAUCUUUAUCGACUUUAUAUUUUCUCGUGCAAAAUUAGCAGCAGUUGCUUAAUAUAUAGAUGAAAAAGGGGUUGCGUCAGUAUCAUAGCAACAAGUUUAAACAGAAGUGGAAAGAUGGCGACUCAGACAGAGAAAGACGCUGCAGACUAUGUCGAGAAACACAAAAUUGUCGAACUAAUGGAAAAUUUAACCAGCAUGCUUUUCUAUCACAGACCAGAAAAUCCCAGAGAGUUUCUAAUGGAACAACUGAAGCAGCUGAAAAUGUCCAAACAAAGUCAUGUGAAAGGGCCUAACGUGUUCAACAACGCUGACCUGGAUGCAGUUUUUGAAAUACUGGACCCUGCCAAUCAAAAAUAUAUUACCUUUGCACAGUACAAGCAUGCUCUGAGGACUCUGGGCAUAGACAAUAUCAAUGAAUGUCCAGAAGGUGUAAAUGAAGACAGAAUAUCCCACGAAACAUUCAAAACAGAAGCGAUGCAGGGUCUUCAAAGAUAUUCGGCAACAUACGCACAGUGAUGGACCUUGAAAAUAACUGUCAUUUGCUAUGUAAAGUGAUUUUGUAAAAUUAGUAGAAGUGCACACAUUAAAGUGAAUGAACUGAUUUCCAUUCUGUCAUCAAGUGUUUUUUAAAAAGUCAAAAGUGGCUGUUGCAUCUUUGUUUACCAUUCCAA